AUGAUUAACAUCGAGCAUCCAAAAGUCAGUGCGAAGCCUCCGAUAAAUAAAUUAUCCGGGGUGAAGAAGACCCCCAGGAAGGGUAAAACCACUCCGAGGAAUGCCCCCAAAGGGGUCAAGGGAAAACUGCACAAAAAUGAGGGAAAGAACUGCUUGGAUUGCUCUCAGGACGACUUAAAGUCCCAGUUCAUCGACUCCGGGGUGAAGAAAAAGGGAAUCGAUCGCUCUCCGGACUGCAAUCAAAAUGUUAUCGAUCCGGAUUCGUGCUCCUUCGAACAGAUUUGCAGUAUGAUCGAUGAUUUGGAGAAGAAUUUGUGCCAAGAGCGUGAAGUUUUACCUGUUCAGACGGCGUUUAUUCCGGUUCAAGAGGCCUCGGUUUCCGCUCGCGUUAAUGUUCCGGAUCAGGUUUUGCCGGAAAGAGAUGAGUCUCACGAUACUAGACCACCCUCUCGCUCAACUUACGACGAUAUCAUGUCCUUUUUGGGAACUCUGGAGCACGAUUGCGUUAUUCCUAAGAAUUACGGGAAUGAUAGAACAAUUCAGGAAUUAUUUAAUGAGAGCCAAAUUAUUAGCGAGCGGACAAUUCUCAGGAACAGAGAUGACGCUAAAAUUCUUCCGGAGGUAGUGCGAGAGGAAUUGGCGACGACUUUGCUAAAACUCGAGGACCGGGAGGAGACGAUCAAAGUUUUGAAAGAGGAGUUGAGGGGUGAGAGGAAAAUCGCGUGCGAGAAGCUAGAUCAAGACAAGAAGGCCCACGCAGAGCAGAUCCAGACGCAGAAGACUAAAUAUCAGAAUGUCAUAAAGCGCCAUCAGAAGUUCAUCGAACAACUGAUCCGGGAGAAGAGAGAAUUGACUGAGAAGUGUAACGUGUUGGCGCAAAAAAUCAGAGAGAUGGAGGCGAAAUUCCAGAGGGAUUUGAAGAUCGCCAUGGAGAGACAGGGGGUGGAGUUGCAGAGGGCCAGAGAGAUUUGCAUGGCCUCGGAGAAAAUUCGGAGGGAGCGGUGGCUAGAAGCCAAGACCUCCAAAAUCAAAGAGAUGACGGUCAAGGGUUUGGAGCCGGAGCUGCGCUCAAUGGUAGAGCAACAUCAGCAGGAGAUUCAAGACAUCAGGAGUGCUCACAUGAAGGAACUCCAAGACGUGGAGCUGAGGACCAUUCGCAGAUCCAAUCAGCAGUUGGAGCAACUGCGUUUGGAGUUGACGGAGAGUCAUGACAAGCUUGCAGCCACUGAGAGGGAGGCCUUGAGGGCCAGGUUUCAAGAGAAAUUCGACGAGCAGGAGACGCUCAUGCAGGCGCAGCAAAGAAAAUACUUCGAGGAUCUCCAGAAUGAGAAGAGACUAUUUUCUGAUGAACUUGGGAGGAAGAAGAAGGAGCACGAAGCUGUUGUGCAGUCCAUCUCCCAUGAAUUUCAGGAGAAAAUUGCGAAGUUGAUGAGGCAGAGUGAAAUUGAAAAACAAAAUUUGAAGGAGGCACUCAAAGCCGAGCGAGACGCGUGGGUGGAAAAUUUCAAGAGACAGCAGAUCACGAAGUUUGAGAUGUCUGAGGCUAGGAUUCGCGAUGAAUGCGAUCGGGAGAGAGACAGGCAGAUUGAACUCGUUAUUGAGAGAUUGGAGAAGGAAACGAGAGACAUGAAGACUAGCAUGCAGAAAUGUGGAGACAAUAAAUUAAGAUGCAUGAAGGAAAAAUAUGAAACUGAUCUACAAAUGAGCCGGGAGAAUGAGAAAUUUACGAAAGAAAAGUUGAUGAAAACUGAGCAGAAACUGGAAAAUAUUCAAAUUGAUCUGGAAAAAAUGGAGACUAGAUUGGGGAAAUGCUUGGCCGACUUAAAUGAAUCUGAUCGCAUGGUGGAAAAAUUGACGAGAGAGAAGGAUCAGGCCAAGGAUUUAGCUAGGCAGGAGAUUGAGCACGAGAAGAGGGAGCUGGAGGAAAGAAUUGCUUCGCUAUACAAAGAAAUAACGGAGAUCAAUAGCAAUAAAGAGUCGCACAUGGCUCAAGUGUACAGCAGGGUAAAAUUAAUCAUGACCCAGAAGGAUGUGAUGAUCAAUAAAAUAUCUAAAGAAGCUGACGAGUCCAGGAACAGGUGUGAUCAUUUGGAGAAGUUGUUGGAUCAACAGAGAAAGGAAUACGUUCUGAAGUCCUUAUGAAUUCACUUGAAUAACAAUUUUGUAUUUGAAAGAUUUAUAAUAGUGCAGUGAUAAUUUUUUGUGCAAUCGAUGGACGCGUUCAAUUUUCAAUUUUAUUCUCACAAUUAUAUUACAAUGAAAUGUGCGAACUAUUCGAAUCUCCAACUCGUUCGUGAGUUUGAGUGCAGUUCUCUCUGUUUUUUUAUGAAGUUCGUAUAAAAGAAUCCACUGUACCU